AUGGACUCACUCGCUUCCACCUCUUUUGAUGCCUACAAUGCACGUCUUCAAGCAUCAGCAUUGACCGCGACGCGCAAAUCUGCGGGUCUACCAGCUGACCUUGCUUUUCAUCGAUCAAUGGACAGAGAUCUCGAACAAGAACUGGACGCAUUUUCUCAACGAGUCCUUGGCGUAACCAACAAGCUUCUUGGGCUUGUAUCAACGCAGAGUCGUAAAGGAAAGGCCAAAUUGGAGAAUGAAGACGAUGUGGUGGACAACUUUCAUGCUCUUGUUGUGGACUCGAUGGAUCAAUUACUGGAAAGGACGGAUAUCUGCCUCGAUGAAUUCUGGGGAAAAAACAAGGCCCCUGCGAUCGCCAUUAACCCGCCUAAACCAAAGAAAUCCCAUACUGGAGAAAAAGGACAUGUCGUGCAGCACGCUGCCAACCUUUCAAAACCACAGCUACUUUUCCCCAAGAAAGCUGACAACUCCGAUUCGCCAUGGUAUCCAACACUGUCCCACAAAUACAACGCAAAAGUACCUCUCGGACACAUCUAUACUGACGAAAACGACACCGGAAUUAUUUCCAACCAUCCGUAUCGAUACGAAAUCACACACCUCAAUUACCCCCCGCGGAUGUUCACCCAGUGCACGCCCAUUCAACCACCAUCUCUUGAGGAUACCCAAGCAACAUGGGUCGGAACUAAAGAAGACUUCGCUCGCAUGUUGGACAAAUUGCGCAAGGCAACGGAAAUUGCAGUCGAUCUGGAACACCACAGCUACCGCUCGUACUCGGGAUUCCUGUGCCUCAUGCAGAUCAGCGACAGAGAGGAGGAUUGGAUAAUCGAUCUUUUGACACUGCGGAGUGAGAUUGAGAGCUUGAACGAGGUGUUUACGAAUCCAGAAAUUGUUAAGGUCUUCCAUGGUGCAGAUAGCGAUAUCGUGUGGUUGCAGCAAGACUUCAACGUAUACAUCGUCAACCUCUUCGAUACGUUCCAUGCAUCCAAACUUCUAGAAUUCCCUCGACAUGGACUGGCCAACCUCCUCGAAAUGUAUUGCGAUUUCGUCCCAGACAAACGAUAUCAACUGGCCGAUUGGCGAAUUCGCCCUCUUCCCGAAGACAUGCUCAAGUAUGCUCGCUCAGACACUCACUUCUUGUUGUACAUCUACGACAACCUUCGGAACGCACUUUUGGACCGGUCGAGGUCCCAGUCCCAGUCCCGAGCGGCCUCGGCGUCGCCACCGCCACUCGCUUCCUCUUCGACACCAUCACCACCACAGGGGCUGCUCGAUGAAACUUUAUCGCGCUCAGCUGAAACUUCGCUGAGAGUUUAUUCGAAAGAACCUUACGACGCUACAGAUGGGACCGGCAGCGGAGGUUGGGACACACUUGCAAAAAAGUGGAACAAAGUCGCGUUGACUGCGGGGGGACCCGGGGUUGGUGUCGGUGCUCUGCAGAGAGAGGUUUACAAGAGCGUACAUGGAUGGAGAGAGCGUGUUGCUCGAGAGGAAGAUGAAAGUACAAGAUACGUGUUACAGAACCAUGCCUUGUUUCUCAUUGCGGAGCAACCUCCCGCGGAUAUGGCAGCAUUACUGGCUCUAUUCAGAUCGUCUGUUCCGCCUGUUGUGAAAAGACGAGCCAGAGAAUUAUUGAGUGUCAUCAAAGAUUCGGUAAAGCGAGGCAUGGUCGUGUCCCGUAUGAGUGGUCAGGGUAGCGCAGAUGAUCGACCAGAGCCCGUGCCCCAAGCAGAAGAAAAAAGGAAAGACGUCGUAAUGCUCGAGGCAGAAAUGAAGAAUUUAGAGAAAGACGAAACACCCUCGACGAGUAUCUGGGGUCAAUGUGUGUCGUUUAUACCUUCCCAUUUCGGUGCGCGUGGAGCUAAUAUUGCAACAGCGGUGGACCAAGGACAUUCGACGUCUCGUUCUACGUUGUUUGGGACCACCAGAUCCUCCUCGAAAGUUCCUAUUGCUUCUGCUAGGUUCGCAACAUCUGUGAGCACGUUGUUCGGCAACGGAGUUGGAAAGAAGGCAAGUGCGAUUUCGUCUGCUGCAUCUUCGGGACAUCGUUCUGGCCACCCCCAAUUUGACGAUUUAGUAGCAAAAAUUAAUCGCAGCUUCUCCAUGGCCCCUGCUAUUCCUCAGGUGGGAAUUGCCUCGCUCCAAGCGGCUGUCGAUACCCCAGCUGAGCCUUCCAUCAAGGAAGAAGGAGCAUCAGGCAUGCAGGUUGAGAUUCCAUACGUGGCUCCGGCUCAGCGUCAAAGCAAACCAAUCAAAGAGGAAAAGGAUACCAUCGUCGUUGUCGGUCAAGCCAGGCAGAAGCGUAAACGUAAAGAAGCCAAAGCUACCUUUACAGCGGGAGGCGAUCUCAACGACUCUGCGAGCAAAGAUGAGAGAGUAGCUAAGUUAGACUCUGACAAACCAGCAGAGAUGGAGCAUUUCGACUUCUCGGCUGUACCUAACAUCCUUGACGAUAAUCCUGAUCUUGAAGAUAGGAAAAAGAAGCGACAAAGGAAGCAACCUGCCAAAGCAGGAACUUUCUAUGGCGAUUUCCCCGCACCCCCAAAAGCACACAGUGAAUUAAAAAGUGGAAAUCAGUCGCAUACUUUCAAGUGA